GGGUGGACACGCAGCCUCUGUCUCCUAAGAGCAAACAGGUGCUCAAGGCCCCAGGGGCGAGGUGGGGCUGGCCAAAGGGGACGUGGGGUCCCGCGCUGUCCAGCUGGGCACAGGCGCAGAGGGCCCCCAAGCCUAAGGCUUGAGAAAUGCCAGGCAAGCAGCCCGAGCCCGGGCCAGCAAAGGUGGUGGCCUCUGAGGACAGCGCGGAGGAGAGCCUGGGCGGCCUCACGCCCCAGGAGCUGCAGCAGGGCCAGGCGGCAGCACUGGCGCUGGAGGACAGGAUGGCGCUGAGCCUGCAGACCCUGGUGCACGCCGAGGUGGAGCAGCUCUACGAGGAGGUUCGGCCUCUGGGCCGGGGCCGCUUCGGCCGCGUCGUGCUGGUCACUCACCGUCAGAAAGGCACGUCCCUGGCGCUGAAGCAGCUCCCAAAGACGUCCACAUCCCUGCGCAGCUUCCUGUACGAGUUCUGCGUGGGCCUCUCGCUGGGCCCCCACCCGGCCAUCGUGGCGGCCUUCGGCAUCGGCAUCGAGUCUGCCGACUCCUACAGCUUCCUGACGGAGCCUGUUCUGCACGGGGACCUCAUUGCCUUCAUCCAGCCCAAGGUGGGGCUCACACAACCCGCCGCGCAGCGCUGCGCGGCACAGCUGGCCUCAGCCCUGGAGCACAUCCACGCCCACGGCCUGGUGUACCGGGACCUCAAGCCAGAGAAUGUGCUGGUGUGCGACCCCGCCUGCCAGCGCUUCAAGUUGGCCGACUUCGGCCACACACGGCCCCGCGGGACCCUGCUGCGCCUGGCCGGGCCGCCCAUCCCUUACACGGCCCCUGAGCUGUGUGCCCCGCCGCCGCUGCCGGAGGGGCUCCCCAUCCAGCCGGCCCUGGAUGCGUGGGCCCUGGGCGUCCUGCUCUUCUGCCUGCUCACUGGCUACUUCCCCUGGGACCAGCCGCUGGAGGACGCUGACCCCUUCUACGAGGACUUCCUAGUGUGGCGGGCCUCGGGUCAGGCCCAGGACCGGCCACAGCCCUGGUUCGGCCUGGCACCCGCGGCAGAUGCCCUGCUGUGGGGGCUGCUGGACCCUCACCCGCGAAGGAGGAGCCCCGUGGGCGCUGUCCAGGACUACCUGGGUCAGCCCUGGCGACAGCGGGACGGGGAGGCCUCGGAGCUGGCAGCGGGGGCGGGGGAGGGCGGGCAGUGAGGCCUGCAGGCUCGGGGACCCAGGGGCCCUCUCUGUCUCCGGGGACCCCCUUCCCGCUGCCACGUGCGGGCCUCUGUCACAGGGACAUCUUGUGUCCUCCCAUCACGGGCCCCUCCUCCCUGGGGGGGCCAUCGCCACCCCACGGGGCUGUCCCUGCCCUCAGCCGUCCCUUCCUCCCGCCCCUGAAUUCGGCACUGGCCAGGGCCUGUGGUCCGCACUCCAUCCGCCCUGUGCCCCUUUCCUCCCUGCGGCUGGCAGUCUCCGUCUGCCUCGUUCCUGGGUUACUUCGGGAGCUCGCAGAGCGCUGGGGGCCGGCCUGCUCGCAGUGGACCCCAGCGAUGCCCGUGAACGAGUGAGCCCACAAGGAAGACUCGGACUGGCUCCCACCAGCGCCCCUCCCCCCCAUGCCCUCCCUCCCCCGCCUCCUGUCCUCUCUGCGGGUCCCCGCCCUGCCCUGUGCUGUGUCCACGGGGCGGUGCCUCUGUGAUGCGCCUCAUCUCCGCUCACCCCACUGCUCUCUGCAAAUAAAUCCACCUGGCACUCAG